UUUUACGAUUAUUACGAAGCUGCAUGAAAAUCGUACAGUCGAACCUCGCUGGGUCGCAUUUCGUCUAGUGAACGCAACGAGUCAAGUUGUUCGGAAGAGAUCUAAGUGACUAUCUACUGACCGUAAGAAGAAAUUUAGUAUUCGCUCACACGCCUGCACUGCACUUAAACGCGCCUUACUACUGAGACUAGUUCCUGAAUGGUAAUAGUAGUAAUAUUUACCGCUUUGUGUUUGGGUUAGAGAAAUUUCAUUUCAUUUUUGAACCUAUGGGAGAUUUCGAGUUUGAACAUUUCGAUCCAUCGGGACCGAUUCAGUGAAUUGUGCCGGAUUAGUUGGUUGAUUAAAUGUUUAGCAAAUACAUAGUUGGGAGGAGUGAGUGAAAGGUGAAAUCGCAAUAAAAAGCAAGUGAACCGUAACGAAAUUGCAGCAAUUGUUUUUGUGAUUGAUCAAGCAAAACAGAAUUGCAACUGAAGUGUGUUCGUUUCCUGGAGUGAAGUGGAAGAAAGAGUUGAAGGUUUAUACAUUGUAGUGUAAACAGUGCCUAAUCACUAAAACGAAGAAAAUCCAAGUGAAGUUGUUGAAGAAGAGUUGUGAAAUAAGCAGAUAUCACACAAUUGAAGAGUGACAAAAAUGGCUGUUCAAGUGGAUAGUUUGCUGUUAUCAGAAAUUGGACGUUCUAUAUCGUUGGACACAGCGACACGCCUAAGAGAAGCCGCCAUGAGUAAGCUCAUCCGUCAGGUAUCGAUCGAAACACCCGUAUCGAAAAUCAAAGAUUGCGUGUUCAAUCUGGUGGUUCCGAUUCCGGACACACCGCCGUCCGGGGCCCGUAUCCUGGUCGUCUACGCCGGAGCAUGCUACCGCAAGAAUCAGUCCACAUCGAUCUCAUCGAUUAGCAGUCAGCUGUCGGAUACGGGUGAUAUUACCACAUCGCUGCACAUGCUAGCGAAGCAGAUGCAGGGCAGCGGCAACUUCUCCAGUAUUAGCGAGGAAGGUCCAGACAACACAGCUUCACAGGCCCACCAGACCUCGGUGGCCAUUCAGCACAAUCCGGCCGCGCAUCAUGGCGUGCGGGACGGUGCCCUGUUUCCAGGUUUUGAAGUGGCCGGCGUCAUCGAAUCGCUCGGUUGUGAACUGAAUGAAGACUGUGGCUUCAAGGUGGGCCAGCGGGUGAUUCUCUAUCCGUACGAAGGUGUCCCCUGCGGUUACAGCGAGCUGAUGGUGGUUCCCGAUAUGAAGUAUCUGAUUCCUAUCCCCGAUUCACUGCCGCUCAGUGUGGCCGCCACGUUGCCGACCGGUGCUCUGCUGGCCCAGAGUGCCAUCAUCACUGCUCACAAGAUCGUCGACGAUCUGCUGAAGAAGCGACCGAACGAGAAGGUGAAGAUUCUGAUCGUCGGCACCGGCGGACUGGCCCUGUGGGCAAUCCGAAUUGCGGCGCAACAUUUCUACACACCCACCACCAAGGACAAGAUACAGAUUACGGUGGCCAGCCUGCGGGACGAGGGCUUCGUCAUGGCGAAGAAGUGCGAAAAAGUCAACAUUGUCCAGUGGAACGAGGAUCUGUACGAGAAGCAGCUGAUCGAACGCACACAUGACGCCUGCGACGGGCUGGUGGACAUUGUGAUCGACUUUGGCACCACCUCGCGCAGCUUGCACCGAUCGAUGCAGUGCCUAACCGAGGGUGGACACGUGUUCAUCAGCGACGAGAUUGCCGAGAAGCUGAUGGCCAGGUUCGCCAAACGAGCAGAGGAUCGCGGAGUGUUUGUCGAGGUCGUUCCGACCGGUACCAUCCAACAGCUGCACGAGCUGGUCAAACUGGUCGAUGCCGGUGCGAUUGAACCCCCACCGCACACAGUAUUUCCCUCGGAGCAGGCCGCUGAAGUGGUACGCAAACUGGCCAGCUCAGAGAUUCCUGGACGCGCCAUAUUGAAAUUCCACGACGUCGAGUAAACACGGGUCUCCCACCUUAACCAGCAAACAGAUAACUUUCUCCUCGUGAGUCCCAUCCCCACUUCACAAAUAAGAACACAUUACUUUACUUGUAAGUAAUAUUACAUGAAACAAUUAGCGAUGAAAUUCAAACAGAGACGGAAAAUGUAGGAGUAUGUCCAUACAGACGAGGCACUAUCAAAGGGCUUCAUUAUUCUCAUUUAAUUAUAAACUCUCCUAGCAGACGGUUACUACUGGUAACCGACUCAGAGAGAAAGUGAGACAAA